AUGUCACCGCCACUAAGGGAAUCUCAUUCAAUUGAGGACUUGUUCAAAGCCACUGAAACCCUCCGGGAGGCCACUGGAAAUUUGAAUGGCCUUCAGGGAGAGACCGCUCACGUCGCAAGCGAACUUGAAGCCCUCAAUAAAGAGUCUCUGAAGUUUGACCCGACACGCUUUCAGAACGAAGCCGUUGUCAAGUCUGGGAAAGGAUUUCCCCAGGAGAAAGGAAUGAAGCCGUUCUUGUCUUCGGCAGCUUUCUCUCAGCUCCCCGCAGAUAUGCCAAAGAAACACCGAGAGCUCAACAUUUUGGCCGUCCGAUCCGAUGAAUUCCUGUGGUCAAGCAGCAGCAUCGACCGUGGACUGCAUCUCCUUCCCUCUGUCAUAUAUGACCCCACAGCUCGGUCUGGUAACGGUGGAUGGACUAGGAACGCGGACGUCACUCGAUUUCAGUCAACGACAGCGGAGAAGCAGUGGGAAAUCCUCUAUAAGCACCAUAACGAUUGGUAUUACUAUGGCACCUAUACAUGCGUCGGGAACUCAUCAAUCGACACUGAGGAAGCACAAACAAUCUGUCCAAAGAUGGCUCGUAGCUGCCUCAAUAAGGUCGUUAUUCAUGAGGAACAAACCCCUCCCAUCAUUCACAGGUUCAUCUCUACCUUGUCCGGACAUGGACCCUUCACUUUCGACUGCUUCGGUUUCGAAAGAAUAGGAUAUGAUCACUCCUUCUACGAUGUCCUCUUAUCGCGCAAGAAGGCGCUCCAGCAGAUGUCUUCCAAAUCGAAGAAGGCUUCGAAGCAGAUCCCUUCCGAGCCGAAGAAGCCCCCGAACCGAAGCUCAGCAAAGAGGUCUAAGGAGCAGAAGAAGAAGAGAUUGCGGGAUGGGCAGGGGAGCAAUGAGGGGCCGCCGAAGAAGAAGCAGAAGAAGUCUUGA